AUGUUCGGUCUCACCCGCUUCGCGCCCGCCCUCCGCACCGCGUCCGUCCCACGCGCCUUCACCACCACCUCUGCCCGAGGAAUUGCGACAAUCACGAUUACCGGUCGCCUGGGAGCCGCUCCAGAGCUUAAGACUAGCCAAAAUGGACGCGAGUAUGUACGAUACGUUCUUGCGUCUACCUCGGGGCCCAAUCGGGACGCGAGCUGGUUCCGCAUCAACAGCUUCGCCGUUGAUAAAGCCCGAGACCAUCUGCUUGGCCUUCCAAAAGGGACGCUGAUGUCUGUCACUGGAGAUGCGACCGUCAAUGCUGUGGAAAAUGCCGACGGUCAAAGGUCUUUCAACCUGAACGUCACGCAGCGAAACUAUGAGGUCCUUCUCCGUGGUAAACCCGAAGCCGAAGCCAGCCAGGGAAGCGAGUAA